AUGGUGGGCAAGAGGCUCAGAGAGAAGGCAGCCAGCAGAUACCUGAGCAGGCUCUUGAGGAUGGAGCAAAAGGAGGAGGAGGAGGAGGAGGAAGAAGCCUGUAUCCUGCAGCACCCACAAUUAGAGGAAGAGGAGGAGGGAGAGGAGACUAAGGGAGAAGAAGAGCAGCUGCAGCAUCCAGGGCCCCAGGAUAAUGCAAGGGGGGAUAAGGGACCCCACUCCAAGAAAGUUCACUUUCCCUUUUUCCGGGAGAGAUACCAGUCCAUGGAGGAGCAGACAGAUGGAGAGAAGCCCAAAAAGGACUAUCAGAAGGAGCUCAAGAAGUAUGGCAAGAAUGCUAGGAAAGUGAUCACUAAAGGAAUUAUCACAGCUUACUCAUCACCCUUUACUGAAUCAGACACCCUCCCUCCCUUCAUUCUCUAA